AUGAUUUCCAUUCUGGGCAACUUCCUCGGCUCUCUGCUCGUCAUCGGGGUGAGCUUUCUUUAUCCGGCGUACCUCACGUUCCGUUUUCUGCUGGCACACCGUGCUACAGGAGACUCUGCGUCGCGGUCCAAUUUCCCCGCGGCGGAGUACAUUCAGCAUGUGUUCUACUGGGUUCUAUAUGCGUGGUUGUCGAUUUUCAUCCGUCUGGUGCUUUCCAAGAUUUCUGCUUUCAUUCCCUUCUACCAUGAGCUGCUGGCAGCUCUCUUCUAUUGGCUCGCCAGUCCGGAGUUCAAGGGCGCCGGCUGGCUCUGGCUCGUCGUGCUGAGCCCGCACUAUUUCACUCUGGACAGAACAAUUCGAGAGAUGUACGAUUGCUACUGCCCCCCGACGGUCAAAGCGUACCUGUCUCAGGCGGCAGACGCAUCCGGAAACGCCGCGGAAGAGGCCUUCCGGCGUGACCGCAGCGCCAGCAAACAGCUGGACAGAGACUCUAUGAAAAGCAAAUAA